AUGAUCCACAGGGCGGGCGUUCGAAACUCGUUGACGAAGAUUCGUCAAAUACUACUUAAGACGAAACACGUAACGAACGUGGUCAGAGAUUUAAUUGAUGCAGUCGACUCCCAAUGGGAAAUCGAACGAAUAAGACCCUCUAAGGGCAACACGAUAACGAUUUAUGUCGACGCAUCGGAUACACAAGCAGGGAUGGUGGUCACGUACAAUGACCAGCAAGUCAUGGCAGAAUCGAUACCCUUAACGAAGACUUCGACAAACUUAGCCUCGUACAAGGAAAUACAGGGAGCCUAUAAGCUCCUAGCUAAGUACAAAUCUGCGAUUGACUUUAUUGAUAAGAAGGCGAGAAAAGUGAUCGUCACGGAUAACAUGAGGCUGUGGCAAGCUCUCGAAAGACGAGAGGAUCCAAGAAACGACCUGGAGGUCUACGCAGCCCGUAUCCGGGCCUUGUAUAAGGCAAGUUAUCAACACAUCCCAGGAGGCCAGAAUCCGGCCGAUUUUUAUUCCAGGAGACACCGUCUCCCCUCUUAA